AUGCAGUUGCUUACGCAAUUGGUCUUGGGCGUUGCCUUGGUAGGCUUCGUUGUCCUCAAGACCAUCCAGUCCUACAAGGCAAAGAACGACCCAAGACUUCCUCCGGGACCGAGACAACUUCCCUUCAUCGGCCGCAUACACGACCUACCCAUCCAGUUUAUGUGGUUGAAAUUCAAGGAAUGGGCCGAUGUGUUCAGCGGCGACAAUGGUUUCUACAUGACGGAUAUGCUUGGCGCCAAGUUCUUGAUCGUGUCAGACGAGACAGUGAUCGAGGAUCUAUUGGUGAAAAAAGCCAAGUUCAACUCAGACAGACCAGUGAUUAGGUCACUCUUCGACUCAAAGAGCACCCAUGGCUCUAUGGAGUACCUGCCUUUGAUGGGCAAGAAUAAGUACUGGGCACGCCAACGCAAGCUUCAGCACUCUUACCUGACAGAAGCGAGCAAUGCUCAUUACUAUGGCAUUAUGUAUCACGAGGCCAAGCGAUGGCUCGCCAGGUUGAUAGAAAACCCGGAUGACUUUCAAUUCUCCCUCGAGGAUAUGGCAUCGAAGGUGAUGUGCCAAUUGACAUGGGAUGACCCAAGCCUGAGCGAAGAGUGCACACCGAGUGCCUGGGGUCUGUUGACCCAAAUGUCUCCAGCCGGUCCUAUUACGAAUGUUUUCACGCCUCUGUGGCAUCUCCCUUGGUUCUUAAACCCCUGGAAGCGGGCAGAGAGAAAGAGACACGACGAACAGCAGGCUUGGUGGAUGGAGAACUUCCUAAAGGUUCGUAGGAAGAUGGAAGCCGGCUACCAGAGGCCAUGUUGGACUCGGCAGUACUUGGAAAAGGCAACGCUCAAGCCAAGUUUAUCAGGAGACUAUGAAGCAUCAUCAGCACUUGGAAUGCUGGCGCUGGUUGGUAUUUUCACCGUUGCAGGGCCCCUCUCCUACUUUCUUGUAUCUAUGGUUCACCAUCCAGAGUGGCAGGCUGCAGUCCAGAAGGAAAUCGACGAACAGUGCUUAGGAGACCUCCCGACCCUCGACCACAUGCCAAAAUUACCAAUACUGCGCGCUUGCAUCAAGGAGACGAUGCGCUGGAAGCCUAACGUACCUACAGGGGUCGCUCACGAGAUGGAGGCCGAUGACGUAUACAAGGGUUUUUUCCUUCCAAAAGGGACGCGCAUUCUCCCCCUUGACUGGGCUUUCUUACGCGACCCGAAGAAGUAUCCCGACCCAGAAAGGUUCCGUCCAGAACGCUGGCUUGAGCCAGGAUGGCCGACAUUUCAAGAGCCGUUGACACAGUAUCCGACAAUCAAAGGGAUGUCCUCUUUCGGAUGGGGACAGAGACAAUGCUUGGGGAUGACCUUGACUCAGGACGAAUUACUUGUGGCUUGUGGCGCUCUGGCCUGGUGCUUCAAUCUAAAACCGAAAGUUGAUCCCAACACUGGCCAAGAGCUACGAGUCCCGACGGAUAAGUCAAACUCCCUCCUUAUCAUCAAACCAGACCCCUUUCAAAUGGCCUUUGAGCCACGGAGCGAGGAGAGGAAGCAAAAAGCACUGCAUCUCUGGAAGCAGUCAGAAGCUCUUGACUUGGCCAGAAGAGCGCAGUUUGCUGCCCGAGCUGUCUCGCAGCCACACGCCACCGGAGGUCCUGGAUUAUUAUGGGAUGAAAAAACGGGAUUAAGGCUCAACCUGCCUCAAGAAAAACAAGCUAAAGUCAAAAGCUGGGUCAAGACGGUAGAGAUUGGUAUAGAAGCCCCACGACUAGACCUGCAUUCCGAGAUAUGA